AUGCCCUUGACAACACCGGUUUUGACGGUGGACGCAGAUAAUAUUCACAAGGUGGAUACUGCUAAUGCACAAAGUCUUCAUGGCAUGUGGAUGGUAUUCUCGAAAUGUGCCGACUACAUGGACCAGGGCCGUCGGCUCGAGAACUUGAGCUGGCGUCUGUGGACUCGCGAGACAUUCUGUGUUGAGCCUGAGAAGUCGAACAUGGCUUCUGUUCUUCCCAAAUUACGCUCAGAGGCCGGUGAUUUGCCGGAGCUCUCCGCCAGUGUCGAGUCGGCCGCGUCCGACCAAGCUGAACGCAUCGAAGCUCACAUCAAGCGUCCCCAAUUCUCGGAUUCCCGGCCCGCCGUGGUCCGUGAGGACUCUCUGGCUAGUCUAGGUCGUGGAAAGGAGAAGCACAUCACCUCUUUGGAUCUCGAGCGUAUGGUUCUUAACAUCAAAGAGAAGAAGAACCUGGAGCCUUUGGCUCCCAUGGUCGAGCCCACUGCUCCCGUUGUCGACAUCACUCCCCGCACAUCUACUCCCUACUCCCACUCCUCCUCUCCGUCUCGACUACAGGUCCCUACCUUCCCUCGCCCGGUAUGCCACCCCCGGAAAUCGACGGAAUCCUGCUCGACCACCGCCCCCGAAGGAAACGACAGCGACUCCGCUCAAGUCAACGCAUCUGAUACCAGUGUCUCAUCUUCUGGAGUGUUGCCUUCCCGACCGGAAUUGAUCAAGUCGCCCAGUGUCGUCCGUGGGUUCUCGCCUUCUCUCAUUUCCUCUUCCUUCCGGUCGCAACCCAGACUGGCUGUCGAAACGAGCCCCUCUCGCGAAGCUCCUCAAGUGAAACCCUCCCCACUUAAGAAAAAAGGAGGCAUGUUUACACUAGGUGGAUCUUCUGGGGACGAUGACGAGAGCUCAUUUGAAGAGCGCAUCAACGCGAAGGUGCCCCAAGAUAUUACAACUGGUGGAGGGUCUCUUCGGCCAAAUGGCAGUAAUCCGAGCUCGUCCAAGAAGGUUGCCUCCUUCAGUGACCAUGUUCAAACCAUUCGACCCCCCAAAAGCCCCCUCGUUGCCGAUGAGGAUGCUAUCGAGACCGAUGACGAGGUCUCCGAAAGUGCCAUCGAAGAUGACGAAGAUUCUGAUUGGGAGGACUCGGUGACAGAGAGCGGAAAAUCAAGUGUUGAUGAGCGACCGGAGAUGUUCCAGCGGGUCGAUUCCCGGCCCAAUUUGGUGUCUCGGCGAUCUCUUCUCACCAUGAUGAUGCACCAACCGACUAAAAUGAAUGGAAACGCGUUCCGGUCCAGUCCUGCGCUGCAACGGUCCCGUUUGACAUCACCCAAUGGACCUUCCAUUCCUGCUUCGCCUUCUGAGAAAGGAGAGGACGAAAACCUCACCAUGCGUGGCCCGGGUGUGCCUCGAUCAAAACCCAUCACCAUGAAGUCGCCCCCACCCCAGUCGGUGGCUCAUUCGCCGCGUACCACCCGACGCAACAUGCUUGCGACCGAGUUGACCGAGUCGCUCCGCCGACAUCUCCUUUGGGAACGCCAGCAGAAGAGCGCCACCGCCAAUGCCUUCUUGAAGCGACGUCACACUGCCCACGAUAUGAAAAACCUCCAGGAGUACCCUAAGGGACCGCACCGGGCUCCGGGGGCGGGGCCUUCUGGGCCUUCCGGGUCAGGAGACGCCAAUGCUGGCAGCCAGGCUCGGGAUAAGGAUCUUUCCAAGAACGGGUCAUGGACCAACUACGCCACGGACUACGGUCCAUGGGAGUACCACGUCAAGGGAUGGUAA